GGUUAACCGUUGUCGUCAUGGCCAAGUCCAAGAACCACACCAAUCACAACCAGAACAAGAAGGCUCACCGUAAUGGAAUCACGAAGCCAAAGAAGCACAUCUUCCUCUCCAUGAAGGGAGUCGACGCCAAGUUCAUCAAGAACCUCCGUUUCUCCAGAAAGAACAACAAACGUCAGAUCAACAAGUCCGUCGAGUCCAAGGCCUAAAUUGUUGUUAAUUCGGAUAAACUUUGUUACCUUU